AGAUGCCCCGCGGUCCUUAAUUGGGACGUCACGAGCGGGGUGUUACUAUACAGCGUGAUUGAAUUAUCCGCACUAUAUAUUGCAGUCAGCUGGUGCAGGAGCAGUAGUAGGUGUUGCUUUUAAGUCAGAUUCGGAGCCUGUGACGCGGCCCACGGGAGAGUUUCGCUUCCGGUUUAAGUGGCUGCGCAGGCGCAGACGUGGCACGAGAGGCCUCAGAGGUUGACCGCUGUUCCAGCGCCACCCGCGGAUAGUUUUUCCUAGGAUUGGCGGCACCCCGGGCUCGGGGUUCUCGAUCAGGGGCCAGAGAGCCGAAACCUCGAGGGCGGCUUCCGCGGGACCUAGAGACCCUCAUCCCGGGGGAGUCGAAAAGGACGAGGAUCCGACCAGAUUUCAACCAUCGCGCAUCGCCCAUGGCGGCCCUCGGCCCCUGCAGCCAGAAUGUCACUGAAUAUGUUGUCCGAGUUCCCAAAAAUACCACCAAAAAAUAUAAUAUCAUGGCCUUCAAUGCAGCUGAUAAAGUCAAUCUUGCUACUUGGAAUCAGGCCCGGCUGGAACGUGACCUGAGCAACAAGAAGAUUUACCAAGAGGAGGAGAUGCCAGAAUCAGGCGCUGGCAGUGAGUUCAACCGCAAGCUCCGGGAGGAGGCCCGGAGGAAGAAGUACGGCAUCGUCCUGAAGGAGUUCCGGCCGGAGGACCAGCCCUGGUUGCUCCGCAUCAAUGGCAAGGCGGGCCGGAAGUUCAAGGGCAUAAAGAAGGGAGGCGUGACAGAAAACACAUCCUACUACAUCUUUACCCAGUGCCCCGAUGGGGCUUUCGAGGCCUUCCCCGUGCACAACUGGUACAACUUCACACCGCUGGCCCGGCACCGCACUCUCACAGCUGAGGAGGCAGAGGAAGAGUGGGAGAGGAGAAACAAAGUCCUGAACCACUUCAGCAUCAUGCAGCAGCGGCGACUCAAGGACCAGGACCAGGAUGAGGAAGAUGAAGACAAGGAGAAGCGUGGCCGCAAGAAGGCCAGCGAGCUGCGCAUCCAUGACCUGGAGGAUGACCUGGAGAUGUCUUCCGAUGACAGUGAGGCCAGCGGCGAGGAGGGUGGCAGAGCCCCCAAGGCCAAGAAGAAGGCACCGCCCAGCAAGGGAGGCAGGAAGAAGAAGAAGAAGAAGGGGUCAGAUGACGAGGCCUUUGAAGAUAGUGAUGAUGGGGACUUCGAGGGCCAGGAGGUGGACUACAUGUCCGACGGCUCCAGCAGCUCCCAGGAUGAGCUAGAGGGCAAGCCCAAGGUCACGCAGCAGGAGGAGGGCCCCAAGGGCGUGGAUGAGCAGAGCGAGAGCAGCGAGGAAAGUGAGGAGGAGAAGCCACCCGAGGAGGACAAAGAGGAGGAGGAGGAGAAGAAGGUGCCCACGCCACAGGAGAAGAAGCGGAGGAAAGACAGCAGUGAGGAGUCAGACAGCUCGGAGGAGAGUGACAUUGACAGUGAGGCCUCGUCGGCACUCUUCAUGGCAAAGAAGAAGACACCCCCCAAGAGGGAGCGGAAGCCAUCGGGAGGCAGCUCUCGGGGCAACAGCCGGCCAGGCACACCCAGCACGGAGCCUGGCAGCACUUCUUCCACCCUGCGGGCAGCUGCCAACAAGCUGGAGCAGGGGAAGCGGACCAGUGAGACUCCUGCUGCCAAGCGGCUGCGGCUGGACACUGGGUCCCAAAGCUUGUCAGGGAAGUCCACCCCUCAGCCACAGUCUGGGAAGUCGACCCCCAGCAGCGGUGACGUGCAGGUGACCGAGGAUGCAGUGCGCCGCUACCUGACACGGAAGCCCAUGACCACCAAGGACCUGCUGAAAAAGUUCCAGACCAAGAAGACAGGGCUGAGCAGUGAGCAGACAGUGAAUGUGCUGGCUCAGAUCCUCAAGCGCCUGAACCCUGAGCGCAAGAUGAUCAAUGACAAGAUGCACUUUUCCCUCAAGGAGUGACGCUCUGCCCCUGGCCGCCCUCCUGCCCAAUAAACAGGCUCUGUUCUCCAGAA